AAAUUUAACCUUUUUUUAAUAUCGAGUUUGGAUCAUGCUGUAUUGGGUUUCUUUUUCUUUUUUCUAAUUUUUCAUCAUGAUUUCUAUCCCCUACGCAUUAAAAAAAAAAGAAGAGUUUUGGAGGAAAUUCUGGUACUUGUGCUGUUUCAUGUAAAAUGCCGGGUUUAUUAGCUAGCAUUGGAGCUUUAUAUGCUGUGUUUUGUUAUUGUUUGACUUUUGUUUUUUGUUUUUAGUUUGGUUUUGCCAACUCCAAGUGGUUGGAAUUAAGGAUCGUUGAAGCUCUGAGUUGACCCUUACCCUCUCUCUCUCUCUCUCUCUCGCAGUUGUUAGUCUUCCUUAUUAUCGUUUAGAUUUGUAUAAUGCAUCCUGAUUAUUUUAGUACCAUUGAUGAUAAAGAUAGUUUCUAACGUGCAUAGAAGUCUGCACGAAAUCAAUCGUUUUUAUGUCAUCAUUCUUUGUCGUAUGAUCAAACAGUUUGCUUCUCUUUGUAUCUGACUUGUUCCAUUGCUUCUCUGUGGAGCAAAAUUCAUACCUUUGGACUUUUAGAGGAUAAACUUUAACAAUUGAUCUUUCGUCAACCCUUUGGCCGAGUUCUGAUUCUUGAUAUUUGUUGUUGAAUUGAGGGAUUCCAAUUUCAAUGGAUGAAAAAUAAAGGGAUAUCUGAAAUGUUAGUUCAUGACUGUCGAUAUGCUGCUUUUUGUCUGCUAACAGUUGAAACCUCCAUUAUUUGUCAUGGUAUCUGCACCCAAUGAGUUGUCUUAUGUAAAAAAAAAAAAAAAGAAGAAGAAGAACUUUUUAAAGAUGUUAAUUGUUAUGUACUAUAUCUAGACUACUUGUUGAAAUCUUUGAAUAUGAGAGCAGUGAAUUAUACUAGAGCAUUUAAAUGCCAACAAAAAGAUUGCAAUUGCUAUAAUCUGUAGCUAUGUUUUUAAGAAACUUUCGGUCUCUAAUUAGUACACUCUACUCUCUCCACACCGACCCUUCAUCUUCUUUUCCUGUAUUCAUUAUUCUCUGGCUUUUUGCCUCUCUCAUGAUUAUGAAAUAGUUUACUUCCUUUGAAAUAAAUAGCUAAUGUUUGCUAAUUUGCCCCCCUUUGUCUAGGUAUUAGUUGAAGUCUGGUCUUACGAUUGAAGAAAUAUGGAUUUUGAAUCAAAGAAGAGAGGGAAAUCUGUGUUGCAUCGUCUUUUGAAAAACAAAUCAGCCUCUUGUUGUUUUUUCCCGAAGGUGAAGCCAGCUAGUUUUGAUCCAGGCUGUGCACCAGUGUAUCUCAAUGUAUAUGACCUAACGCCAAUGAAUGGCUAUUUUUACUGGGCAGGCCUUGGUAUCUUUCAUUCUGGUGUGGAAGUUCAUGGCGUGGAAUAUGCAUUUGGAGCUCAUGACUACCCAGCCAGUGGUGUUUUUGAUGUUGAACCGCGACAGUGCCCGGGCUUCAAGUUCAGGAAGUCGAUAUUCAUUGGGACCACAUCACUAGAUCCCAUCCAAGUUAGGGAAUUCAUGGAACGCAAUUCAGCAAGGUUCAAUGGAGAUACGUAUCACUUGAUCAUCAAGAAUUGCAACCAUUUCUGCAAGGAUAUUUGUCACAAGCUGACUGGUAAACGCAUUCCUAAGUGGGUAAAUCGACUGGCAAGAAUAGGUUCAAUGUGCAACUGCAUUCUCCCUGAAGCCCUUAAGACUUCUGUUAUUCAGCAUGAUCCAAAUUAUCAACCAUAUGAUAGUGAGAAAAGGAGGCUAAGAUGCGCCUUCAGUUGCCUAUCUUCGGUGUCAAUGCGGCAGAAGUCUUCAUUACUUCUACAAUCACCCUUAAGAGGCUGCCUGUCACCAUGGGAAUCACAAAAAUCAAACAAUGUUUUAUUGAAGGAAAGGUGAGACAACUGGUUGGGGUUUCUUUGGCAUUUGAGUGAACAUUCAGGGCCCAAGCACCAUAUGUUUAAUGAUUGAAGGUUUCUUUUGGUGCCGUCUUCUGUUUUGUGGAGUGUGUUG